UCUUUCUUGAUAAAAAACACAUUUAAAAUUCGAGAUUACGUAUAAAUGAUUAAUGACUGAUAAAGCUUAAUAAGGGCAAAAAUUAGAGGCUAAGACAGUCUUUUGAGAGGGGAUCGCAUGGAGCAGCAAGCAUCUCACAUGGUGGAAUAAAGACACAAAAAAGUGAAGAGAAGAAGAAGCUUAGAGCAAAAGUAUCAGAAAUCAUAGUAAUAUGGUAAGAGACAAAAAAAAACAAAAGAAAAAAAGAAGCAGAAGAAGAAGAAGAUAAUAUUUACGGUUAUACAAGGUUGUUGUCUUUUAACUUUAUGCUAACCAAGUUAUGUAUCAAAACCACAAAAAGCAUGGAUUACAUCAAAAUGCACAGCAUACAUAAACAGAAUUUGAUGAGCAGCAGCAACAAGCUGGUCACAGACAAGAUCCAAUCUAGUGUCCAUGAAGAAGAAGAAACCUAAAUAUUCCCUUCUUAUCUCCUUCAUUAAAUCCUUCUCUCCACACAAUGCACCUACAAAGAUUAAAAAAAAUAAACUCAUAUUCAUCAAGCCUCAAGAACAAAAAAAAAUCUGUUCAAAUUUGUUAGUAUAAUGCCUAUGCUCUCUUCACUGUGUAGCCUUCCCUACACUUGCUACAAGCUCACGUCUCCUUCUUCUUUCGUGAAGAGCUCGCAGAAUCCAGACUGCUUGAACUCUCUGUUCCCACCAGCAAGCCAGAGUGUUGCAGCAAUUGUGUUUGGAGAUCAGUCCUCGCAGUCGAGGCUGUACCCGCUGACAAAGAGGAGAUCAGAGGCUGCCAUUCCCAUAGCUGGGAGCUACAGGCUGGUUGAUGCUGUUCUGAGCAACUGCAUCAACAGCAACAUAACCAAAAUCUACGCACUCACGCAGUUCAACUCGACCUCUCUCAACUCCCACAUUGCACGGGCCUACUCUGGGGCGCGCCUUUCAAAGGAUGGGUUCGUGGAGGUCAUUGCAGCAUACCAGAGCCCAGAUGACAACGGCUGGUUUCAGGGAACUGCAGAUGCAAUUAGGAGGUGUUUGUGGGUUCUUGAGGAGUAUCCUGUGAAUGAGUUCUUGAUUCUUCCCGGCCACCAUCUCUAUAGAAUGGACUAUCAGAAGCUCAUAGACGCCCACCGCAGAAGCAAGGCACAUAUAACUGUCUCCUUGUUUAGCAAAGCAGAGAAUAAGGAUCAUGGAUUUGGGAUCUUCAAACUCAAUGCUCAAAACCAAGUUCUUGAGUUCAGAGAGAAUCCUAACCAUCAUUUUCGGGUGAAUGAGCGCGAUGAUGAUGUGUUUUCGAGCAUGGGAAUCUAUGUCAUCAACAGAGAUGUGAUGAGAAUGCUGCUGACAGAGGCUUUCCCAAAUGUGAAUGACUUGAAAAGCCAAGUAAUCCCAGGUGCAAUCUCUCUUGGAAUGAAGAUCAAUGGCUAUCUCUUUGAUGGAUAUUGGGAGGAUAUGAGAAGCAUAGAGGCUUAUUACCGCGCAAAUAUGGAGACUAUUAGAAGGGAAAACACAGUGUAUAACAGCUUCUACGACAGAGAUUCGCCUCUGUACACGCUGCCACGCCAUCUGCCUCCAACUCUUGUAACGGAUGCAAUCAUAACGGAUUCCAUCAUCGGAGAUGGCUGCAUUCUCAGUAAAUGCAGGAUCAAAGGCACUGUGAUAGGCAUGAGAACAAGGAUAGGAGACAAUGCUGUGGUUGAGGAUUCAGUUAUCAUGGGAUCUGAUACUUAUGAUCAUAAUGGUAUUAGUGAUGGUGAAGCCAUUGGCAUUCCUAUUGGCAUUGGGGAAUGCUCACAUAUAAGGAAGGCGAUCGUUGAUAAACAUGCAAGAAUUGGGAAGAAUGUGAUGAUUAUAAACAAAGACAAUGUGCAGGAAGGAAACAUGGAGGCAAAUGGAUACAUAAUUUCUGGAGGGAUAGUUGUAGUUAUAAGAAGUGCAGUGAUUCCAGAUGGAAGCAUACUUUAAUUACAAAGUUUGGAUCAUAUGUGAAAUAAUCAGAGGAAAUUUUCAUGAUUCUUUUAUUUGUAGCCAUUAUAGAAUAUAGGGAUCCAAAAGAAAAGGAAAAUUAGUAAGCGGGCUCGGGAUUAAAAUACGAUUGAAUCCUUUGUUCGUGUGAAAUCAAGAUGCACCAAAUUCAAGGGAGAUUUAUGCAAA